UUAUUACCUCCAGGAUGUACACAAAUUGUCCAGCCGGGUGGCGACUUACAACACGUGGCAGUUUAUAUCUCCGCUAUUUCUCGAGGAAAAUAUUUAAAAAUUUUAGAAUAUACUUUUGAAUAGAUGUAUAAAAUGACCCCAAGAUGUAAAUAAAAUAUAUGUAUUUCUUAUAUGUUAAAAAAAUUCAUAAGAAUUGCAGACCUACACCCUCAACCCUUCAUGUUAUUAAAAGUAGCAGACAUUCAAAAUUUAAAUUGUUUCUAUUUUUUUUUUUUUUUUUUUGGUUUUACGAACAAAUUAUUCAGUCAACUUGAGUAAUUUUACCUGGUCGGCGUGAUAUUGGCCGUCUCAAAAAAUAAACAAAAUAUACUACUGGUCUAACCUAAAAAAAGUAGAAGUAUUUAAUCGUGACUAAUUUUUCGUAAUAGUAAUUAAAUAACGAAAUUAUUGAAAAUAUAAUUAAUUGAAUAAUGAGCAAUAAAAAAAACACAAAUCAUUGCGAGAAAAAGGAAAUUUUGGAACGUAUGAAUUAUUUAUAUCAGGCAAGUAAAUAUUUAUCAAAGUAUGAUAAUAUAACGGCGUCAUGUUUUGGUAAUGCGAUGAUAAGUUGCUCACGUAAAGCUGUCUUAAGAAUAGAUACGGAUGUUAAGAGAACGAUAUGUAAAUGUUGUCAGACACCAUUGAUACCCGGCGAAACAUCACGUGUAAGAUUAAUAACAAAGCCAAUAAAAGCUAUCAGAAGUACAUGUUUGAUUUGUCAUACGUCUAAAAGAAUACCAACCAAACCUGGGUAUAAAUUGUGGACCGAGGAUCCUAAUUCAGUAAAUCAAAUAUUUCAUUACACUCCAAAAAUAAAAGACAAUAACAGCAAAAUAAAUUCAAACAUCAAGACUGAGAGCAAUCCAUCAUCGGGAGUCACUUCUACCCCGGAUGAAAAGAUAGAAACUGAUAAAUUAAAUGAGUCAGUGAAUGUUAAUAAAAUAAAUGUAAAAUUAUCAGAAGGACUCGUAAUAAAUAAAUAAUUAAGACAAAAUUGAUUAUGAAUAGUGUUUUUUAUUUAUGUAUCAUAAAUGUUUACAUAAAAUAUUUUACAAUAAUGUUUAAUUAAUAAAAAAAAAGUAAAA